GGGAAAGAGAUAAGCCCAAGGGCGCGAGGUGAAGGGAGAGCCGAGGAGGGCACUCAAGUUUCGCAUCGGCCGCUAGCAACGAAGGGGAACCAAACUAGGCUGGAUGUGACGAGAAAGAAGCAUAAGGAGUUAAUCGCACGCCUGGUGUUCCGAAAGUCAUGCUUAUUGAAAGGAGACCGUAGCGAACCUGACUCGCCUCCCAUCCUUAUCCCGUCUCUCACACGCCUAGUACGGCUUUUUAUUGCCCACUCAGUAAUUGGAGAGGCGCUGCAUGCUGGGACCAAUGAGGCAAUCCGUGCUGCAAGGCUUGCUGGGAAUUGUAGUUUUAACAGGCCAGGAACUCCCGUCGGGAAGCGAUUAGAGCGCGCCGCUCCGGAGGGCUCCUCUCGUUUUCCCUCGGUCCCCCGCCCUCCGUAUAGAGUGACAGCCGUUUUGGCCAAUUGGGACCUGCGUUUCUGCGCAGCUCUGUUCUAAGGCUUUCCAAGCUAGGUUUCAUGCUCCCGCGAGAAUCAGAGAGAGGGGCCUAAGAAGAGGUCGGAAUGAAAGGCUUAUAUUGGCAGCAGAAUUCAUCUGGAGAGGCCAGUUUUGUUUUCCUGGAGAAGUUAACAAAAUACAUGAGAAAAUAGCUUCAGAACCAGAAAUAUUAAAACAUGCAUUCCACUUUUGACUGACAGAACAACCCUAUAUACGUGUUCAUGACUGGAGCCUAAGAUGGAGGAAAAAAUAUCAGACAUACAAUCAGAAUUGAUAACCUUCCUGUCGCAAGAGACAACUAUGUGAAAGUGCAAGUUAAAGCCUGUGCUCUAAGUCGGAUCAAUGAUAAGAGAAGACAGAACAUGGUAACUGUGAAGACCUGGGGUUCCAUAGCACAGUCAAGUUAGUAUUUUUCAAAUGUGUUAGAUUUAUACUGCAAUCCUAAUCAUGUUACUCUAAGUUCCUGUGGAACUUAUUUCAAGAAAAAUGUGUGUAUGAUUUCAGCCUUACUGGACUAUACUGUAUUAAUCUGCCAUUAAAUGUUUGGUGGGAGGCCGUAAUAGCAUUUAACUGUACGAAUAUGUACUCAGCAUUUAUUAUUCUUCACAGUAGGCAUUCUAACCAUUAUUUGACUUAGCUUUUGUCAGAAAUCAAGAUCAAGAAGGAGUUUCUACCUGUUGGGAGGGAAAUUGCUGGUGUUGUGUUGGAGAGUGAGUAUACUAAUUAGUAUAAUGUUGCUGUUUUCUUUGGCAAUGAAAAAUGCCUUGUAAACAUUGAACCCCAUUAAUCUUUUCAACAUGAAAACCAGUUCCUAACAUUCGGUCACAAUACAGUGUGGCAAAGAAAUAAGCCACAGUGGGGCUAUGCUGAUUGUUAAUGGCUGGGUUUAUUAGGGCUUCUUGACUUCCCAAGUGCUUCCGUUUACUUUCUUCCAUAGAAAUAUUUUGUUUGUGAAUUCCGGGAAAAUAUUAACAUGUCUUAUGGGUUCUAGAACUGUGAGAGUAUGAAAAUCUCACCUUAUCGUUGAGGUCAAGGACUUUCAUCUGUGGCUUUCUGUUACAUCUGAAGAGAGGCAGAGAAGUGACUUGGCACAUGGCUGAGCAAAAUACAUGACUGGAAAUAAAGUGACCUUCUUUCAACCACAUGAUGAGGUAGUCGGAAUUUUACCGCUGGAUUCAGAAGAGUCUGGUUUGUGUGAAGUUGUUCUAGUUCAUGAACAUUAUUUAGCUCGUAAGCCAGAAAAGGUCUCCUGGCUUGAAGCAGCAGGUACCAUUCGUGAUGGUCUUCGUGCAUAUACAGCUCUACAUUACCUGUCCUACGCCACUCCAGGAAAAACUGUUCUGGUGAUGGAUGGAGCAAGUCCAUUUGGUACAAUAGCUAUUCAGCUAGCACAACACAGAGGAGCCAAAGUAAUUUCUACUAUAUAUAGUCUUGAAGACAAGCAGUAUCUUGAGAGGCUUACACCAUCUGUGGGUGUCAAGCAACCAUUAGUAGCUCGUAUUAUAGAUGAAACCAAUGGAACAUGUGGUCUGACAGAAAGCUGUUUGGAGGAGACAGGCGGAUUAGGAGUGGAUAUCAUCCUUGAUGCAGGAGUGAGAUUAUACAGUAAAGAAAAUGAAGUAAUUUCACAACAAUUGCUGCCACACAAACAUGACAUUAUUUCAUUGCUAAGUGUUGGAGGCCAUUGGGUUACCAUCGAAGAAAAUCUCCAGUUGGAUCCUCCAGAUAGCCGCUGCCUUUUCCUCAAAGGUGCUACAGUCUCUUUCCUGAAUGAUGAGGUGUGGAAUUUGUCAAAUAUGCAACAAGGGAAAUAUUUAUGCAUUCUAGAAGAUGUAAUGGAGAAGCUAUCCAGUGGUGUUUUCAGGCCUCAUUUGGAUGAUCCAAUCCCAUUAUAUGAAGCCAAAGUUUCUAUGGAAAUGGUUCAAAAGAACGAAGCAAGAAAAAGACAAGUUAUCCAGCUCUGAAGCACAGAUUCUUCGCUUUUAAGGCAGUGUGAAGUGUAAAUUUGUGAACUUUGUCUCAAUUGCCUACUUAUAAAGGAUUGGUCAAUGAAUUUCAACUAACAUUUUAAUUACUGUUUGAAUAUUCUUUACAAGUUCUGGGGGAGAAAGUAGAGCUUUGAUUUUUUUUCCAUUACCAUGUCUAAAAGAGUAUUUCUGUUAGCAAUUGAAAGUUUACUCAUAUUUGUGUUCCUCCAACACGCCAUCCCGUCCAGUCCCCCGUCACUCCUAUGGUUAGCAGACAACACUUUCCUUUUGUCUGCUCAGUUUUAGGCAUUUUGCUGUGCUUUGUUUUACUUGGACUAUCUAUACACUAUGGGGGUGGAAAGGUGUCCCUGGAAAACACUUUAACAUUGGCAAGAUUCUGAAUGUGCUUUCUCAAUCUAACCUCAUUUUUAUGGUGGCUUUGCUCUGUUUUUUAUUUAGCCUUUUCAUCUAGAAAACACAGGAUCUAUCAGCACCUAUAGAUGACAUGCAUUGCUAAGGGCCUUUUUAUACAAGCAGUGUUCUGUGGAGUAAGUGUGCAUUUGUUACGCAUUUGUUUUGCACAAUCCACAUUUCUGUCUUUAAGACAACACUACAGUGGGUAGGAUACUGCAUUUACUAAGAACCUAAGUGCAAUAUUUGCACUUGGAGAAAAUGCAGUAUAUGCUUUCAUACAGCACAUACUCUGUUACUAUAAUUCCUUGAUGAAGUGUCGUUUUUGUGACUGUCACAAGUACUUACUGGGUAUAUUCUGUGGUGUAAUUAGUAAUCUAUACUCAUGUAAAUUUAUGAUUUACCAUUGUUAAAUGUUCAAAUGGUAUAUGGCAGAAUAGACCUUAGUCACAGUCAUUAAUUUCAAUGGGUCUACUCUGAGUAAAAGCCAGCUAUUCUGCUUUUCCCCAUUAUAAAUUUAGCCAUGUGUUAUAUCUAGUUCAUGGUUCAUGCAUAUAGCCCAGUCCACAAAAGAGGAGUGGGGAGGCAAACAGGGCUAUUCCCAUCACCUGCCACACCAUAGUGGGAUAUGCUCUGCUGCUGUGAGAUAGUUGUCACACUUUGGCUCCUCAUCUAAGACCUUCCUCUGUUCUUCUCCUCAAUAUGUCUAAUUUGUCCCUUCUCUGCUAAUAAAAGGUGGUUGCAUUCUCA